CUUCGAGGAAGCUGCCAUGGCACUCCCUUCACUCCCACCAUUUAACCCCUCUCCCCUUCCUCUCUCCUUCCCAUUCCCAUUCUCCCCCCCUUCUUCUUCUUCUUCUCUCUUUCUCAUCACCAACCUGCCUGCCCCUUCUGCUUCUUCUCAUCAUUUUCAUCUUCAGCCAUGAAGCUCAUGAAAAUCAACAGCCUCAGCCUCAGCCCCAAACGCCUCUUCCGCUCCAAGAAGGACCGCUCCGCCGUUUCCCGCUCCGACCCACCGUCCUUUGGCUCCGGAACGGCGUCGUCUUCCUCCUCGGAUCCCCUGCCGUCCGACCACAAGCCCGGGCCCGGCGGCAUGGGGACUCCCACGAGCGUUCUGCCGGAAAUAUCCGGGGACUGGUCGGAUUUCUCUGCCGACACUCAUCUCGACGUGGCCCAGGCGUUUAAGCUGAUCGACAGAGACAACGACGGAGUGGUGUCGAGAAAAGAGCUGGAGGCUCUGCUGAAGCGGCUGGGGGCGGAGCCGCCGAGCCAGGAAGAGGUGGCGAUGAUGUUGAGCGAGGUGGACCGGGACGGCGACGGCUGCAUACCCCUGGAGGCCUUGUUGCACCGGUUCGGACCGGCUUGCGAACCGGCGGCCGACUCGGAGCUGCGGGAGGCUUUUGAGGUGUUCGACGCGGAUCACGACGGCAAAAUAUCGGCGGAGGAGCUGUUCAGCGUGUUCACGGCCAUAGGGGACGACCGGUGCACGUUAGAGGACUGCCGGCGCAUGAUAGCCGAGGUCGAUAAGAACGGGGAUGGGUUCGUCUGCUUUCAGGACUUUGCUCUUAUGAUGGAGCUGCAGAGAUGAUCUUAGAUCGCUCCAUAUCACGUUUGAUCUCUCCGGAACAAGUCUCUGAAUUUUUUUUUUUUUUUUUUGAAUGGAUAAUGGAUGUUUGGUUUUUCACCGUAUAAAAUGGAGGAAAUGAUCAGAGAAUCUGACGGCUUCGAUUCGUCAGUUAAUUGUUCAGUACUUGGUGGUUAUAUAAUUUUAUGCGAUGUUUACGGUA